AUGCGCGUUCUCGUAAUUGGUGGGACCGGACGAUGUGGCAGGCUUGUCAUUGACGAGCUGCUGGGACGAGGCCACCAGGUCACUACCCUAGCCCGAACACCUGACGCGCUGGGUGGUCCUCGACCCGGCACUCCGAUGAACUUAGAUGACGUACGAGCCGCGUUCAAAGCAGACAAGCCCGAUGUGGUGAUUGUAACGCUGAAUGCGCCUCGAGCGAGCGAUAGUCCGUUUGCUGCCGCAAUUUCUCCCCCUCGUUUAAUGGCCGACUGCAAUGCCAAUGUAGUGGCUGCAAUGAAAGAGUUUGGGGUCCGCAAGACUGUGAUUCUGCAGGCAUUCGGGGUGGGAGCAUCCUGGACUAACCUGCACAUCCUGCUGCGCCUACUCAUGAAGACAUCUAAUAUGUCACAUCAGUACGAUGAUCACAACGAAACAGAAAGGGAAGUCCUGGCCAGUGGGGUCAAUUAUGUGUUUGUGAGGCCGUCGCGGCUAGUCGAAACGGAAGAAACUGCCAUCAAGAUGUGGCCGGAUGACGGCAAGGGAGUUCCCAUGAUGGCAAGUACAAGUCGGAUCAGCGUGGCGCGAUCUUUGGUCGAUGUGGCCGAGAGUGAUGAAUGGGAUAACAUGGCUCCAGUUAUCACCAACUGA